AUGCUAAAGUAUGUUACAAGAACCAAAACUGCAAAAAGUGAUGAAGCUGGUGGAGAUGAGAUUAACAACGAAGAUGAGGAGCUUAUAAUUGAAGAAGAUACAUCUGAGAAAAGUGAAGAAGAAAUUGUUGGAGAUGAUGCAAAUUGUACGGAUACGGAUAAAGAAAAAGCUGAGAACGAAGACAUGGAAGACCAAGAGGAAGUUGAUGGUAUUAGGAGUGUUCAUGAGAAUGUUGAUAUGGAUGACCUUGCAAACUGGAAGAAAAUUGACCCAAGAAUGAGAGAUCGUUUGGUGGAAAAGGGUCCACCCACAAGACCUUCAAUUGAUCAUCCUUUUCCAAGAGAUAGUUUCGAUAGAUGUUUCACGUACUCGUCUUAUACAAGAAAAAUGAGCAAUGGAGAGAAACAAGAUAGAAGAUGGUUAGUUUACUCAAAAGGUAAAGAUAAGGUCUUUUGUUUUUGCUGUAAAUUAUUCAGUCAAGAAACAUGUCCUCCUAUUCUGGUGACUACGGGUUAUGAUGACUGGAGAAAUGCUUCACAUAGGCUAAAGUCUCAUGAAACGACUUACAAUCAUAUUGUUUGCAUGAGUAGCUGGAUUGAGCUAGAAACGAGGCUGAAAAAGAGUGAAACUAUUGAUAAGCAUUUGCAAGAGGCAAUUAACAAGGAGAAAAAACAUUGGAGAGAUGUGAUGUUGAGGAUAAUUGCAGUGGUAAAGACUCUAGCAGAAAGGAAUUUAGCAUUUCGUGGAGAAAACGAGAAGGUUACUGAUCCAAACAGUGGAAAUUUUUUGGCGUUUAUCAAGAUGAUUGGAGGCUUUGAUGAAUUGAUAGAAUUACUUGCUAGUGAGAUUAAGAAGGUAAUCUUAAAGAAGAUUCAAGAUGCGAAAUAUUUUUCAAUCAUUUUGGAUUCUACUCCUGAUGUUAGUCGUAAAGAGCAGAUGACGUUUUUAAUUCGGUGUGUAGAUGUUUCUACGGAUUCACCCACGGUUAAAGAGUUCUUUUUGUCAUUCUUGGAAAUCAAAGACAAAACAGGAGAGGGAAUUUUUACCACUCUUCAAGAUGCAUUGACUGAUCUUAAAUUGAGUAUUGGUGAUAUAAGAGGACAAGGCUAUGACAAUGGGUCAAAUAUGAAAGGAAAACAUAAAGGAGUUCAGAAAAGAUUGCUUGAUAUUAACCCAAGGCCAUUCUAUACUCCAUGUGGAUGUCAUAGUCUCAAUCUUGCUCUUUGUGACAUGAGUCGAAUUAAUAGUGUUAAACCGAUAAGGUUUCAAACUCUAAAGAUACGAGAGGCUUUGUUUUUCUUAGCAGAUAACAAUGAUAAUAUUGGACAGCGUAGUGAGGCUGAGUCUCUUGCAGUAAGUGAAACACAUGGACUUGGAGGAUUUGAGUUUCUCUUUGGAAUGGUAAUUUGGUAUGAUCUUCUUUAUGCUGUCAAUACGGUGAGCAAAACCUUACAGUCAGAAGAUAUGGAUAUUGAGGUUGCUAUUUUUCAGUUAGGAGGACUUGUUGGUUAUUUGAAAAGCUACAGAGAAACAGGUUUUGAGAAAGCAAAAGUUGAAGCUAUGAAAAUUGCCAUUGAUAUGGAUAUUGAACCAGCGUUUUCUUCGAAACCAAAACGCUUGAUAAAAAAGAAAAAGCAAUUUGGUGAAGAUGCUGAAAGAGUUGAUGAAAGUAACAUGUUAAGUGUGGAGGAGACUUUUAGGAUCGACUAUUUUAUCAACAUUAUGGAUCAGGCUAUAGUGUCUUUUGGGGUUAGAUUCGAGCAAUUUCAGCAUUAUGAAGAAAUUUUUGGAUUUUUAUUUGGCUUGAAAAAACUUAAGUCAGCAAAGGAUGAUGAGUUGAUGACAUCUUGUGUCAAGCUUGAAGCUUCUUUAGAGCAUAAUGGGCAUUCAGAUGUAGACGGAAAACAGCUUUUUAUGGAACUUCGAUAUCUAAGGGAAAUACUGCCAAAGGAAAUUACAAAAGCUGUUGAGAUGCUAGAAUUUCUUAAAAGAAUGGACGGGUGUUAUCCAAGCACAGAGAUUGCUUAUCGUAUACUACUAACCAUUCCAAUUUCAGUUUCUUCCGCAGAAAGAAGUUUUUCAAAGUUGAAGCUCAUAAAAAAUUAUCUACGUUCGACUAUGUCUCAAGAGAGGUUAAAUGGAUUGUCGAUGAUAGCAAUAGAACACGAACUAGCCGAAGCCCUUGACCAUUCGAAGUUGAUAAAUGAUUUUGCAGGAAAAAAGCAAGGAGAACUAUCUUUCAUGAUUAAUGUAUCGGUGCGCCAUUUAGGUCCGGACCGACACUGA